UGUCCUCGGAAAUGUUGACGGAAAGUCAACCCCCACAGGUGGGGAAAGUGGGGCGGUUCGAAACGGAUCGAGCAGUGGGAGAAUAUAGGGGAUACAGACCGAUAACACUAACAAAUGAAUAAACAUCACCUGAUUUAAUGAAUACCAGAAAUGGAGGCACUCGCUAUCGCUAGUUAGCUAAUAAAAGAUGCGGAGUCGAAGUCGAGAUAUAGCCAGCUAGCUAGCUAAGUUAGCUAGCUAGCUGGUUAGUUUGCCAAGGGGUUGUCGGUGGCGAGCGUCCUUGUCUUGCUUACCACAACCAGCCUAUCACUCUCCUCACUUUAUUGUUUUUGUUCCCCGUUGAGUGGAACUUAAUAUCUGGAGCAGUUGCGGGGUGGUGGUGGUGAUGUCUUUGUUGCGGGGCCCGGCAGACUAGCCCUCACUGGCUGCCGGUCGACUUAGCACGCUGUAAGCUUGAGGUGGACGGAGUAACAAGGAAAGACCGGGGAUCGACGUCGGGGCCUUGCGUCAAGGGAGUGAUCUGGCAGUAGUUGAAAGGCACAGCCAUGGCUGAAGUCUCUGCUCUCACCCCGUCUCCUCCAGGUCUGGGCACGCCCCACAUAACCUCCCCCUUGCCUCAUUCCACUGAUACUCAACCUCAUCCUGCAGCCCCUUCAGAUUACACAAAACAGUCCUCCAUCCCCAAGGCAGUUCUUUAUAGUGAUCCUGCAGUAAUGGAAUCCUCUGUAAUUGAAACAGGAGUUACUGGAACCCCGUUAAUUCCACCAAAUGGGCAAGGAUCACCACCUGUACCACCAAAUACUUCCCUACAGUCAUCAGAUUUAGAUAAUACACUUGACUGCCCUCUUCUGUGCUCUGAAAUGUACAAAGAAGGGGGUGCAGGAACAGAGGUGGGGACAGAGGUUGUGCCACCCCCUGUGCAGGCACAGGAAACAGAUGACACAUGGGAGGGAAGGCAGGCAAUUAGCUUCUCUCAGCCAGUGCAGUCUGAGAGGAGGGCUGAUGAGCAGGGGGCGAACAGCAAGGAAUGCCCUGCUCCUGUUCACUGUCCAAGCCCCGAUCUCGACCCAGACUUUAAACCAAGCCAGAACUCUGCUGCCAUCACUGAACCCCAGCUCCCGACCUCUCCGUCACCAUCAGCAUCUCUCCCCCAACACUCCCAGUCCUCUGCUGGCACCGCCCAGGCGACAGCAGCAGACGUGAUCGUGACUCCAACGGCCACGCAAAACUCUCAGUGCCCUCGACAAGACGACGGCCUGCAGCAAAACGCGCACUCUCAAACCAAAGCCUCGCCAAAGCCUGAGUUCCCAAGCACCCCAAAGAAGCUGGAGCCCCCUCUCACCCCCAAAAUACAGCACUCUCCCCCUGUCUCGAUCACCCAGGAGCCAGCCGCGAAACUCUCCCUGCCAAACCCAGCCCAGCGGCCAGCGCCGGACACCCUGAGCUACCUGGAGUCAGCCAGCCUGAUGUCGGGGACCCUGGAGUCCCUGUCGGGGCUCGGGGAGGACGGCAGCAGCCUGGGCUCCGACUCCGAGGUUAGCGGCCUGGCACUCAAGCGGACCGACAAGUACGGCUUCCUGGUGGGAAUGCAGUGCAGUGAGGGCAGUGGAAGGGAAAUUAGUGUGGAUGUGGCAAGACAGAGAGAGAUGAAGUGGCUGGACAUGUUCAGAAACUGGGAUAAGUGGAUCUCCCGUCGCUUCCAGAAGGUGAAAUUGCGGUGCAGGAAGGGCAUCCCCUCCUCUCUCAGGGCCAAGGCCUGGCAGCUGCUCUCCAAUAGUCAGGAGCUCGUGGAAGCCAACCCUGGCAAAUUCGAGGCACUGGAGAGAGAACAGGGAGAACAUAAGUGGCUGGACAUAAUAGAGAAGGACUUGCACAGACAGUUCCCCUUCCACGAGAUGUUUGCUUCCCGCGGCGGUCACGGGCAGCAGGACCUGUACCGCAUCCUGAAAGCUUACACAGUGUACCGGCCCGAGGAGGGGUACUGCCAGGGCCAGGCCCCUGUGGCUGCAGUACUCCUCAUGCACAUGCCGGCUGAGCAAGCUUUCUGGUGUCUGGUGCAGAUUUGUGAAAAGUACCUUCCUGGAUACUACAGUGCCGGCCUGGAAGCGAUCCAACUGGACGGGGAGAUCUUUUUCUCCCUGCUGCGGCGAGUCUGCCCCAUGGCCUACCGCCACCUGAAGAAGUUCAAGAUCGACCCCAUCCUGUACAUGACGGAGUGGUUCAUGUGCAUCUUCUCCCGCACCCUGCCCUGGGCCUGCGUGCUGCGCAUCUGGGACAUGUUCUUCUGUGAAGGGGUGAAGGUGAUAUUCCGGGUGGGGCUGGUGCUGCUGAAGCAGAUGCUGGGCUCGGUGGAGAAGCUGCGGGAGCUGCAGGGCAUGUACGAGACCAUGGAGCGGCUGAGGAACAUCCCUCAGGACAGCGUGCAGGAGGACGUGCUGGUGCAGGAGGUGAUCUCUCUGGGGGUGACGGAGGCCAUCAUCGAGCGGGAGAGCGCCGUGCAGGUGCGGAAGUGGAGGGAGUCCCGGGGGGAGCUGACACACCAGCCAGGCCGCAGGCUCCACGGGAGCCACGCCAUUUACGAGCUCAAGCUGCGCUCCGCCUCCACCAGGUCCAGGGGCAGCUUCUCCUUCCUAGGGGCACCUGCCCCGUCACCGGGCCCCCUGAGGGCCUCCUCCAGCCUCCUCUCUCUCCCAGGCUUCCGCAGACCCAAGGCCUCCUUCCUCUCUCAGGCCAAAAAGGGGUCCUUCUCUGGGAGCUCGGUCUCAGUGUCGCCCCCGCCACAGGAUCUCCAGGGGCAAAUCACCUCCCCAGCCCUGGGGCAGAGACCCUCAUACAGCUCUGGCCCUGGGACGGUGGGAGCGGCAUCAUCAGGACGGAAUGAGGCCAGUACCUCAGCAGUCAGUCCGCCACCAUCAGUAAGCCCAAUUCCACCCCACCCCCUUUCCCCUGCCCCCAAGAUCAGCUUUGAACAAUGCACUACCAGCAAGACCCCCAUUGCCAACACUACCCCUCUAGCCUUGGAUGGGGGCGUAGGAGCAUCCCGAGGAGAGGGGGAGGGGAAGAAACUGAAGAGGAGCAAGGAAGAGAAGAAGAGAGAGAAGGAAGAGGAGAAACAGAGAGCUAGGGAACAGAAGGAAAGAGAAAAGGCAGAAAAGGAGAGGCAGAAGAAGGAGAAGAAGAAAGAAAAAGGGGGGAAGAAAACAGACAAAGGGGGAGGGGAGGCUGAAGAGAAGAAUGGAUCGAAAGCACCCAGAUAUCCAGUUUAACAAGUGGGAGGGAGGACAGCGCUCAUCGCAAUAUUGACACUGAAAAAAAAUGGGAAGAAAAAAUAAAAUAGUGGAAUCAAGGAAGUUAUUUGUUUAUAGCACACUUCAGAGAAAAGUUAACAUUGAGCGCUUCAGACAAGGGACAUUAUCUAACUGGCUUUUGAUUUAUAGAGCUCUCAGACAAUAUUCUACAACUAGUUUCCCAGUACCAAUUCAGUAUUCAAAUGGGCAAAAUUGGACAUACCCCGUUUUUCAUUCUGCACAGAACGUUAUGGCUCUGCACAGACUGUUUUCAUUUAGUAUUGCUGCUUAUAAGAAGCAUGGAUAGAUGGAUAGUUUGGAUUACCCCAUGGCCCUCCACCCCUCCUAACCUCCCUGUCGAAGGUUAUGUAACUGGAAUGCCUGGUCAGACAAAUUCCCUGUAAUAUUACUGUCACAAACAUAUAACCU